AAGAGAAGAAGGAGCAGAGCGAGGAAAGGGAGGGCGUAGACGAGGAAGUUAAAGCCAUUGAGGGUAUGGUAAAGGGUAUGGAAGAAGCGGUGGAGGCUGGGGAGGGGGCGAAGGUCAUUAGAGGGCUAAAGGCGUUGUUGAUGGCGUUAAGAGGAGAGAACGCGGGGAGAGAGGGUGGGGGGCGGAAGGCGCAGGGGGGCGGUGAAAGGCAGGCGCACGUGAACGCACAGCGGAAGGCUCAGGGGCAAGAGGAAGCCGGGGAGGAGGGGGGAAAACAGGGCAAGAGGGGCAGUGGGGGGAUGGGUGGGAUGGGGGGGAUGGGGGGAAGGGCGAAAGAGGGGCGACCCAUGGUUGAGGAGGAGCAGGAUGAAGAAGAGGCGGGGAUGGAUGAGGAUCGAUCAGACAGGAGCGCUGACUCGGAUGUGACUGCAGAAAGAGGGGCUACAGAGGGGGAGACAGCAACGGACGUGGCAAUAGAGGGGAACCAUCUAUGCGGGGAAGGCAGGAAAGAGGCGGGAGCAGCAGCAGCAGCGGCAGCAGCAGAAGCAGCAGCAGGAACAGCAGCCGGGGGAGGAGCCGACGGAGCAGCAGAAGUGGUCAAGAACGACAGCAGCAGCAGCAGCAGCAACCGGCGGGGAGUCAAGGGAGUUAGGUCGAAGAGAGCACGCAUAGCGGCGCCCCCAGAUAAAGCAGCAGGCGUACCAACAGCCAUAGCAACAGGCUCACCUACAGGAUCAGCGGCAGAACCUGUAGGUGAACCUGUAGAUCAACAGGAUCACCUGCCCGCAGCAUCACCAGCGGCAAAUUCGCCCCCUUUAGGCCGUAGUUCAGAGGGAUUGAAUAGCGGCAAUGGCACGCUAGACAUUGCAGUAGCAGGAGAUAGGCUAGCGACCGCUUUCACAGCAAAUCUAGUAAAGGCUUCCGAAGCUGCCCGCUUAGUCAGACCAGGCAAAUUUAGGUCUCCUGGGUUCAGGGCACGGGGAGUUGGUAGGAAGGGUGGGCGCUGAUUGCCGAUAGGGUUUCGCAGAGCCUCUCGAAAGUAGGGCUUCCUCUAUUUCCGCCCUUCGCCUCCCUGUCUCCUCGUAGGUUGGACCAGCUGCUGCUGCUGCUGCCUCGAUCUCCGGCCACCUUGGGAUCUCCAGAAGGUACUCCUAGGGACGGUGGUACUGAGGGGGACGGUGCUUCUGGGAAUGGUGCUUCUGGGAACGGUGCAUCUGCUGGUGCAGCUGUUGUGAAGGUGGGGAUCGGAACGUCAUGCCCGUUUGAAGGCGCCGCGUUAUCAAGCUGGACCUCGACGCUGAUGGUUCUGUACGAGUAUGUCUUGCAGAGUGAGCGGCUGCGGGAAUGGAGGGUGGAUGGUGGGGGGGAUGGAGAGGAACACGGGA